UGUUUCGUGCGUCGUUGAGAGUCACUGAACCAGUUACAUUUGGACGGAUGGUCCGCCCCCAAAUUCUGAUGACCGUGGCCUGGAAUUCCCUAAAUCUCUCAAGUCCCCCGCCACACACGUCUUUUCCCCGUAUCUUGGCUGGCCCCAUUUACAGUCCCUCGUAGAGGCCGAACAGCUCGGGUUACCCUUUCUGUUAAUCCGGAGGUAGACUGGAGAAAUUCGGAUGCUAUAUAAUCUGUCGACUAUCAUGUCCUCAAUUUUUACGGUUUUCGAUGCUUCGAUCGAUUUUCACUUCUUUACGCUUCUAAGACGUGAUGUUUGGUAUUCCGAGGUUCUUUGGUUUCCGGGGCCGGUCUUUAAACUUGGCCAUCAGUUCCCUCGGAAGUCUUGAUUUCCUGCUUUUCGGUUAUGAUCAAGGUAUUACGGGUGGUCUACUAGACCUGCCGUCCUUCAUCAAGUAUUUUCCUGAUAUCGACAAUCUCGAUCAAACGGUCUCAGAUGCCGUACGAUCCCAACGCUCUACGAACCAAGGUAUCGCAGUUGCAUCCUACAAUUUAGGAUGUUUCGUCGGUUCUAUCUUAUGUAUCUUCAUCGGUAAUCCGCUUGGUCGACGCAAGACUAUUCUGUGUGGAUGUAUGACUAUGGCUACUGGAGCAUUACUGCAGUCUACAUCUUUCCAAUUGCCUCAAUUUAUUAUUGCUCGUAUUGUCACGGGUAUUGGCAAUGGUUUGAACACGAGUACAGUUCCAACAUGGCAGUCAGAAUCAUCAAAGGCACACGAUCGCGGCAAGAUGGUCAUGAUCGAAGGUUCGCUUAUUACCGGAGGCAUUUGUCUUAGCUACUGGAUCAAUUACGGCUUCUCCUUUAUCGGCGAAUUGGAGGUGGCAUGGCGUUUCCCCCUAGCAUUCCAAAUCCUCUUCGCAAUUGUAAUCUUCUUCUCUAUCCUUCAUUUGCCCGAGUCCCCUCGCUGGCUUGUGAUGCAGGGCCGAGAAGACGAGGCUCUGGAGAUCCUCGAAGCCUUGAACGAGAAGCCCCGAGAUGACCCCUACAUCGUGAACGAACUCAUCGCCAUUCAAGAAACGGUCAAAGAAAUGAACAAAGGCUCGUUUAGAAGUCUGUUCAAGAUGAGCGAGUAUCGCGAGUUCCACCGUGUUGUUCUUGCCUACGUCAACCAGAUGUUCCAGCAAAUCUCCGGUAUCAAUCUGAUUACGUACUAUGCACCCUCGUUGUAUAAGCAAAUCGGCCUUGGAGAAGGUAACCUUCCCAAGCUAUUGGCUGCCUGCAACGGCACUGAAUAUUUCAUGGCCUCCUUUAUUCCCAUUUUUAUUAUCGAAAAGGUCGGACGUCGGCCACUGAUGCUUUUCGGAGCUGCUGGCAUGUCAAUUUCCAUGGCUAUUCUCGCCGGUACGAACUAUCGCCUGACUCACUAUAAUGAGAGCGGUGCCGGUGUUGGCCAAGCAGUGUUCCUCUUUGUCUUCAACACGUUCUUUGCCAUUGGCUGGCUUGGUAUGACAUGGCUGUAUCCUGCAGAGAUUGUCCCACUCCGUAUUCGUGCUCCCACAAAUGCACUGGCCACUAGUGCCAACUGGAUAUUCAACUUCAUGGUCGUGAUGGUCACCCCAGUCGCAUUCGACAGCAUCAAGUACAAAACCUAUAUCAUUUUUGCCGUGAUUAACUUCUUCAUGUUCCCAGCCGUAUACUUCUUCUUCCCCGAAACCCGCUACCGUUCCCUGGAGGAAAUGGAUGCUAUCUUCAAGAAGUCUUCGAACAUCUUCGAUGUUGUGUCAAUCUCUAUCAAGGAGCCCUACCGCUAUGAUAAACACGGUCAGCUCAAGCCGGAAUACCUCGAGGAAGCUAUUCGUCGGGAGAGCGUUCAUCGCGAAAGUAUAGUGCACGAGGACUCGGGUGAGAAGUUUGAUAGUGAUGAGAGUGCUACUGAUAAGCCUGCGGCGAUUGGAUAUGAAGGUAAAUAGGGUUGAGAUAUAGAAUUAGUGCGUGACAGGAGAUAUGUAGUUAGGCAGGGACUUGGAUUGAACAGUUGAUGUUUGGUACAGUCCGUUAUAAAACUAGUGCGACCUUCUACACUCUUUAUGUGACUUUCUAGCCCCGCUACCAAGA